AUGGGCUUCCGCUUGUCUUUUGCAACGAGGCGUUCGAGCGCAUCGCAGGUGUUGGCGCGCCGCCUCUACUCGUCAUUUGCGGGACUGAAGCACGAAGCGCGCCUCGUGCAACAGCCCGAGUUCCACCGCUCUGGGCAAGAACUGCCUGUGCUGCGGCUAGUAGGGGAAAAUGGGCGCCUCGUCCCAGGCGCCGACAUGCCAUGUGACAUGGCGACAUACUUGGCCAUGUACAAGAGCAUGGUGACUGUUGCCGUGGUGGACCAGGUGAUGAACUCUCUGCAGCGCCAAGGGCGCAUCUCCUUCUACAUGACCGGCACAGGUGAGGAGGCCGCCCAGGUGGGCACGGCAGCUCGCCUGGGCCGGCGAGACGUGAUUUGGGCGCAGUACCGCGAGCUGGGGACCUACCUGUACCGGGGCUUCACCAUCCAGCAGAUGGUGGACCAGUGCCUGAGCCGCGGCGAUGAGCCGGGGAAGGGGCGCCAGAUGCCGGUGCACUACUGCGACGCCAGCCUGGGCCUGCAGGCCAUCUCCUCGCCCCUGGGCACCCAGAUCCCCCACGCGGUGGGCGCAGGCUAUGCGUUCCGCAUCAGCGGACAGCCUCGAGUGGGUGUGACUUACUUCGGCGAUGGGGCGGCCUCGGAGGGUGACUUCGCAGUGGCGCUGAACUUUGCGGCCACAUUGAAAGCCCAGACUUUGUUCAUUUGCCGCAACAACGGGUGGGCCAUCAGCACCCCCUCGCGGGAGCAGUACGCCGGGGACGGGAUCGCGGUGCGGGGCAUCGCCUACGGCAUGCCCUCGCUGCGGGUGGACGGCAACGACCUGGCCGCGGUGUACCUGGCCACGGAGAAGGCGAGGGAGCUCUGCCUGGAGGGCCAGCCAGUUCUCCUGGAGCUGAUGACCUACCGCCGGGGCCACCACAGUACCUCGGACGACGCGGGGAGGUACCGGGACAACCGCCAGGUGCGCCCGGGCCAGGAGCAGCCGGUGCCUCGCGCCAGGCGGCUGCUGGAGGAGGCGGGGGAGUGGGACGAGCAGCGGGACCAAGACCUGCGGCACCAGCUGCGGGAGGAGUUGAUGGAGGCGCUGAAGACGGCGGAGGCCAAGACCUUUGGGAAGGUCAGCGACAUGUUCGAGGACGUCUGGAAAACAGCCACUCCUGAGCUGGCAAGACAGAGGCAGGAGCUCAAGGAGCACAUCUUGCGGCAUCCUGAACACUUCGCGACGAAGUUGAGUAAGCAUCACCUCUUCGGAUCCUUUGCAAGAGGCGGGGGGGCGGCAAUGGCCUGGCGAGUUCUGCUACUGGCUUCGGGCGCUGCCGGCUCCUUGCUGCAUGUGGCGGCUGGCAAGGGCAACGUGAGCGAGGUGGCUGAGCUGCUAGAUCGAAGAGGCCUCCUGCCAUGGAUCAACCAUCGUGCGGUGGAAGGUGACACCCCGGUGAUGGCCGCCAGCCUCGCCGGCCAGGCCGAGGUGGUGGAACUGCUCAUCCAGCGGGGCUGCAAUGUGACCAUUGCUGACAAGGAUGGUUACAAGCCGCUGGAUGCAGCCGCAGCCCACGGCCACAGUGAGGUUGUAAGCGUGCUGAUGAAGUACAGUCCGCCUUCGAAGACAUUGCACACAUUCCACAGAGAUGGCUUUGCGCCUCUGCAUCGUGCCUGCUGGGGCAAUAGUCACGAGCACAGCCAAGUUGUCCAAACCUUGCUUCGGGUGAAUGUAGACCCGGUCUUGCCAGCCAGCAAUGGAUCCACAUGCCUUCAGCUUGCAAGUCGCCAAGAGACGCGAGACAUACUGGCCGCUCACUGCGGGUCGUUUGCGAGCUGUGCGUCAGAAGCAAGCGCCGAUCAGCCUUCUUCAGCAGCGAGAACUGAGCUUUAAAGUGCUGGGAAC